AUGGUUUUGGGGGAAAGGGGAAAUUACCCGGCUUUUCAGAAUGGAAGACAGUAUGCAGAUGUUAAGGAUAGAGUGCAGGAAGCUGAGUUGUUAGUUAACAUAAAAGAACAUGUUCUAGUUCCCGAGCAUCAGCUGCUUACGGCUGAAGAAAAGAAGACGUUGCUGGAGAGGUACACCGUGAAGGAAACACAGCUCCCUCGUAUCCAGAUAACUGACCCGAUUGCAAGAUACUACGGGCUGAAGCGAGGGCAGGUUGUGAAGAUCAUACGACCGAGUGAAACUGCUGGACGUUAUAUCACCUACCGAUACGUUGUUUGA